AUGGAUGUGCUGCGAAGAGGCGACACGCUAAACCCGAGGGUUAAAAGGAGCAGGAGCAUAAUCCAAAGAGACGAAAGAAACCAAGAGCAGAGCAGCGGGGGCAAUCAUAACCAACUGGUGAUUUAUGGGAAUUCCUUCAAAAACAAUUCGCUAGGGUACGCAUGGAGUGCAUACUUUGAUAAGAACAAAAUAAAGAAGAAUAUUAUGGUAUGCUGUGAUUUAAGUAAGAUUUGCGAUGACAUUUUAAAAGGAGUGGAGAACAACAGCUUGACUAUUAAAACGUUUUCCUUCUUACUCAUUGGGGUGUGUAACAUAUACAAAAAGAAGGUGUAUUUUAUCGGUCAAGAUUACGAUUUUUUAAAAAGGAAGAUCUUAUCUCUGUACAAAAAUAAGGACAAUGAAUUGAACGACUUGAUGGUAACUGGUAAGGAAUCUAAGAGAAGAAAAUUAGGAAAAGACAACGAAGAUGAUAAUAACAAAAAUGGAAGUAAAAAGAGACUAAAUAGAAAUUCACUCAAUAUAAAGAGGGGUUCGAUUGGCUUGAACGAAUUAAUCCCAUCCGUAAUGGAUAAUUUUACGGGAAGAAAAUCUCGCUUUUCUCUGAACGCUGAUGAGAUAAGUAUUGCCGGGACACAGAACAACAGUUACAAUGACAUGUUUAACGAGAACGAAAUGAAUAAUGAGAUGCUCCUGGAGAUUUCCGGUCUGAACUACCUAAACUUUGACCCUGAGAAUGAAGACACGCAGAAUGACAAUGGUAAUGGUAAUAACUAUAUUAAUGUUAAUUACAUGGGUGGAAAUAAUGGAAGCAUCAGCAACCGUAGUAGUGUUCACAGCAGUAUGGGUCAUUAUCAUGACAUGGAGAAGGCAUUAGAAGGAUCGUACAUUUCUAGGAAUAGCAUCCCGAUGAACAACUUUGAUGGGCUGCAUCUGAAUAGGGCACUAUCCGAGUCGUUCCACAACCCCAUGGAUAAUUUGAAUCUGGAAAAUUCUAUAUUGAAUAAUAUGAUUCCGAAGAACAUGUUUUCUAAUUUGGAAAAUUCCAUGAAUGGGGGGGCAAGUGUGAUGGGUGAAUUUAACGACUUGGAGUUGAACUCCAUGCACAGGAGUGAGGGAGUGAACGAUGGGGUGGAUAGAGGCGACAAUUCUGGUGUGAACGUGGAUGGCAGUACAGAGAAGGGGAUUUUUCACAACGAAUUCGCCAAUGUGGGGGGUGCUGAAGUAUUUCACCAACCAUUUGGAAACUUGAAUCUACAGGGAAAUGAAAACGGAAAGGGGGGUCACGCAAAUGAUGGCAAACCAUUGAUCAGCAACAUUAAUGGGAUGACUAGCACAUUUAGGGACUUUGCAAACAUGCCGUACAACGUGUCUCCAGGAAGCAAUAAUUUCAUGGGAAGGUACCAUACCAUGAAUGCAUCUAUGCAUAACAGAAACGAUUUGUACAAUUUGAAUCCGUUUAUGAGCAUGAAUUCAAUGAACAACAACAAUAUGGACGGUAGAGGUAGUUAUGCUCCUUACGCGCAAAGGAUGCCAAAUCAUAACACAUUUGGAGACUUAGAUGGAAUGAGUAACGUCAUGAUGGGUAGCAUGUUCACACCGCAGAAGAAGACAAAUCUGUCGAAGAAGAAUGCCUACUUGGGAGCCCUAAAUUUUGAGUCGUAUCAUAAUUUUGAUUAUUUCCAUCAGAAGGAUGACGAUGCUUUUAUUAAGAAGCUGAACACGUUGCUCGGGUUGGAUGAGGAUGAAAAUGAGGGGAAAGGUAACGCAGAUGGGGAAGAAGAGGAUGAUGUACUUUUAUCUCGAGGGGAUAAUGCAAACAGGGGACCUGUAACUAGGGGACAGACGGGGAGUUCAAAAACAGGAGAGAAUGACAAAUCUGCAAAUAACCAAAUAGUUCCGAUGAAUGAGGGGGAGAAGGACAAGGAGGGAAGUUCCCCCCUAAAUGGAUCCACCACCAAUCAGCUACUAGGAAAGAAAAGAAAACUGGAAAAACACAUUAUUGAUAAGAAUUAUAUGAUAAGGGAUGCAGUGAUGAAGGGGAUGUUGAAAAACGAAAGUGUAGACUACAAGCAUUUCCUAAUCGACACAAUAAAUAACGAAAUAAAUGAGAAGAUGCAGAAGGAGUAUCCAUCCUUUCAGCAUUUCUUCCUGCACAGUAGCACCGACAAGGUAAGAACGCAGCACAAAUUGGAAAUAAAUUUUGGGUACGAAUCUCAGGAUUGUGAGAAGAAGAAAAAAACUUUGGAAAAUUAUUUAACCUGCUCAGUCAGUAACAAGUCCUUUUUAUAUGAAAAUAAAAACGUCUUUGAUCAUUUUAAUAUGAAAAAAUGUCUGGACAACAUCGACGAUGGUAUGGCAUCGAAUGAGAAUGAGACGCUGUCGCAUUAUUUCUUAUCAUUUGACGGGGAACACGAAGAAGAGAGCACGAGAAGUGACAUCAAUUUGUUGCAUUUCGAGGAGGUGCGAGAGCAAGUUGGUGGAAUGCAAUUUGACCUACCGAAUGAGAACCACCAGAAUGAGUACAAAAAUAGGUUCAGCAUAGAUCCGUCUCUAUCACAGAAUGAGCAGAUAGACCUAAAUUUGAAUGACCUUAAUAUUAGCGAUUUGAAUGUGAGGGAUGACCUCUCUUUUAAGGACGACAUGGGUUCUAGAUUGAACCUGGAAAGUCAAAUGUCCUCCAAAAGUUUGGUUUCCUAUGGGGAGAACGAUACCGUGGAGAAAGGUGACGAAUUGGAAAUUAAUGGGAAUUUCCUAAAUGACCGACUGAAUUCUGAAUUCGCCUCCUCGUCUGCUUCCCCCCGUUUGGAUUUAUCCAUCAACUCGAAUUACGAUUUCUCCAAUGUCUUCACGAAAGACAAUGAAAGUUCACUGCUGGAUGAUACUUGUGCACAGGUGGACAUAAAUCUGAACCAGGACUUUGAAUUAAUUGCCAAGGAGUUGCUCGAGGUGUACAAAAAUUUAUCUACAAAAAUUAACUACAUCUUUUUCGACCUCAUUACGAAGAAUAGACAAUCCAAGGAUGAAGUGGCUGUUUUGUUUUACAUCACUUUGCACUUGGCAAAUUUGGGUUACAUAAACAUAGUGCAGAAGCCGAUUCUUGCGGAUCAGCUGGGUUCCUAUGGGGAUAAUUUCUCCAGACCGAUCCUCAUUCAGUAUAUUGGUCAGAGGGACGACUGA